CCGUACCAAAAAUUUACACACACAAUCGGAAAAAGGAAUGUUCAGAUUCAAACUUGAUUGACGCAUCGAAAGAAAUUGCCUGCAGAUUCGAAACGAGAAGUUAAUCGAAGAAGAAGAUGUCUGUGCAAGAGUACUUAGACAAGCACACUCUCUCUCGGAAAAUCGAAGAUGCCGUCAACGCCGCCGUUAGGGCUAAAACCUCAGAUCCCGUCCUCUUCAUCGCUAAUCAUAUGAAGAAAGCUGUGUCAUCAGUGAUAACGAAGGUGAAAGCACGGCAGAUCCUUGAUAGCAGAGGGAUUCCAACUGUUGAAGUUGAUCUGCACACUAACAAAGGCGUUUUCCGUGCUUCUGUUCCCAGUGGCGACUCCUCUGGAACAUAUGAAGCUAUUGAGUUACGUGAUGGGGACAAAGGAAUGUAUCUUGGAAACAGUGUGGCUAAAGCUGUUAAGAACAUCAAUGAGAGAAUCUCUGAGGCCUUGAUUGGUAUGGACCCUAAACUUCAGGCUCAGAUCGACCAUGCAAUGAUUGACUUGGACAAAACUGAAAAGAAGAAUGAGCUUGGUGCUAAUGCUAUACUAGCUGUGUCCAUUGCUGCAUGUAAAGCUGGAGCUGCUGAGAAAGAGGUCCCUCUGUGCAAGCACCUUUCUGAUCUUAGUGGCAGAGCAAACAUGACGUUACCUGUACCUGCCUUCACUGUUUUGAGUGGCGGCAAUCAUGCUUCCAAUAACUUUGCCAUUCAGGAAAUUAUGAUUCUCCCAGUUGGAGCGACUAGAUUUGAGGAGGCCCUGCAAUGGGGAUCUGAGACAUAUCAUCAUUUAAAGGCUGUCAUUACUGAAAAGAUUGGUAAUAUGGGGUGUAAUGUGGGUGAAGAUGGUGGCCUUACUCCAGAUAUCUCAAGUCUCAAGGAAGGUUUGGAGCUUGUGAAAGAAGCUAUCAACCGAACAGGAUACAGUGAUAAGAUAAAGAUAGCUAUUGAUGUUGCUGCCACUAAUUUUUGUAUAGCAGGUACAAAGUAUGAUCUAGAUAUUAAAUCUCCUGAUAAAUCUGGGCAAAAUUUCAAGUCAGCGGAGGACAUGAUAGAUAUGUAUAAAGAACUUUGUGCUGAGUAUCCAAUAGUGUUUAUAGAAGACCCGUUUGACAAGGAAGAUUGGGAACACACCAAGAACUUUUCCGGUCUCGGAAUAUGUCAGGUGGUAGGUGAUGAUUUGUUGAUGUCAAAUUCAAAACGAGUUGAGCGAGCAAUACAGGAGUCUGCUUGUAACGCCUUACUUCUCAAGGUGAAUCAGAUCGGUACAGUAACAGAAGCGAUUGAAGUAGUGAAGCUGGCAAGAGAUGCGCAGUGGGGUGUGGUGACAUCACAUAGAUGUGGAGAAACAGAGGACUCUUUCAUCUCUGACCUAUCCGUGGGUCUCGCAACAGGUGUGAUCAAAGCUGGUGCUCCUUGCAGAGGAGAACGUACCAUGAAGUAUAACCAGUUGCUUCGUAUUGAGGAAGAGCUUGGGGAUCAAGUUGUGUAUGCUGGAGAAGACUGGAGGCAAACUCUUUAA